CCCGCCCCAUCCAGCCUGCGACGCCGCGAUAUCCAGGCACGGCGCAAAAAAUGACAUCCCCUGGUCGCACUAUGUGGCUGUGAAGAAAAAGGAUCGUGGAUACGAGUUGCAAAGUGCCGCGAAGGCCCGACUGGCUCUGUGCAAUUGUCGCGUCUGGCCGUGCUACGCUCUUUUUGUCCUUCUGCAAGGCCAAAGGCCAUGUGCAGGCGAUCAUGGCUCUCUUUCCCAAGCCUGCGGAGACGCAGAAUAUCGGGCUCUUCCUCUUGAACAAACGCCUGAUUCGCAUCGCCUUUGGCGUGGUGGCCUUCUUCUUCGUGGUCUUUGGGCUGCUCUGGCGACACCAAUAUGAUGGCGAGGCCCUGCUGAAACUGCCUGCCGAAUCACCCGCGCCGGGCAUCGCGGAGACGUCCGGAUACUAUCCCUACGAGACUGUUAGCGACUACGACCCCGUGUCUCUCGAUCCCGCCAACAAGUCCACCGCAGACCUCUGCGCAACGUUUCCGAAGCACUUGCUCAAUCUUAUCCAGCCUGUCCUGAAGAUAGGCCAUAGCGAGGAUCGUGCAAAGCUGGACGCACAGCUCGACAGCGUCAGUGCGUGCUUCCAGCCGGGCGAGCUGCUCAUAUUCUCCGAUCUUGACGAGCCCAUCCGCAACCACACGGCAAUCGACAUUCUCGCAAACCUUCCGCCCAAGUAUUACGAUCAAGAAUAUAACCCGGAUAUCUCGAGCUACCUGCUGCAGAGAGAGCUGAAAAAGAAUGGCAAGCUAGAUCAGGACAAGGAGGCGACCAAGAAAAUCGAUGGCUGGAAGAUUGAUAAGUUCAAGUUUCUGCCACAGAUAGAGCGGGCUUGGCUGUUGAAACCCAAUCGACCCUUUUAUUUUUUCUACGAGACGGAUACAUAUGUCGUAUGGGACAAUGUAUACCGAUUUCUCUCAACUUUCGAUCCCGAUACUCCCGUGUACAUGGGUUCACCGUCCCCCGGGCGCCAUGACGACGUCCGCGAUAUCAAGACAUUCUUUGCCAAUGGCGGCCCUGGAUAUGCUCUCAGUCGAGCAGCCGUCAAAGCGCUUAUACACCGCGAUGUGGCCCCGCAUGGCCAGUAUAGCGGACCUUCCAUUACUGAGAAAUGGCUCCCUCUGCUCCAGGGCGAGUGCUGCGGUGAUAGCGUCGUCGGCUGGACCUUGUGGAACAACGGCGUGGCUUUGCAGGGAUAUUGGCCCAUGUUUAAUCCUCAUCCGCUGCAUGGGAUUCCGUUUAGCGACCUUUACUGGUGUCAGCCUAUAAUGACCUUGCACAAAACAUCGCCCAAAGACAUGGUCGAUGUUUGGAAAUGGGAGUUUGGGGAAAGGAAGCAUAAGCGUCCAUUACUUUACUCCGAUUAUUGGCGAUUCCACCGUCCUGGUACGUCUGACACUUUGGAGAACUGGGAUAACGGCGACUGGGGCACAUGGAAACCCGGUCCAGAAGAAGGAAUAGACUCCUUUGAAAAGUGCGAAGAGGCAUGUAAAAAAGACAACAACUGUGUUCAGUGGAACUGGCGAGGUAGAGACGAAAAGCAAUGUCUUCUCUCACGAGAUUUUAGACACGGGGCAGCGCGAGAGCCAGAAAAAAUUGGCGACAACAAGUGGGUGGAUUUCAAAUCUGGCUGGAUGCAAGGGAGGAUUGAAAAAUGGCGAGGAGAGAGACAGUGUGAAGUCGUUGAAUGGGUUGGACCAAGCAUUACACGGAUAUUUUGAACAUUAAUGGAUAUAACGAAAGCGAGUGAUUGACGAAAUACGAUGUACAGAUUUGGUUGGAUUUACAUUUACUGUAUUGGAGACUCAUGCUCGGACCAUGUGGAUAAAACGCGUACAUAAUUAGAUCAUAUAUCAACAACACUAGUAUUGGCAUUAUAUGAAUAUGUUGAAUAAACGCAGUGCAGCG